AUGUAAUAAUAAGUGGAACCAACAUUAAAGAAUGUUCUAGAGAAUUCAUCUUUAAAGUGGAUAUUUGUUGGAGGUAAAGGAGGUGUAGGAAAAACAACUACUUCCAGUUCUUUAGCAACAUUAUUUGCAAAAAAUGGAAAGAAAGUAUGAAUAUAUAUGAAUAUAUUGUAGACAAUAAUAAUUUCAACUGAUCCAGCUCAUAAUCUGAGUGAUUGUUUUGAUUAAAAGAUUGGAAGUCAACCUACUUAAAUUAAAGGAAUAGAGAAUUUAAGUGCCAUGGAAAUAGAUCCUACAGUAGAUCCAGAUAAAUUAAAAUUACCAACUCUUUAAGGAUUUAUGAAUGAUUAAGCUACAAAAUCUUUGUUAUCUGAAUUAAUUAGUUCAGUACCAGGAAUUGAUGAAGCUAUGAGUUUUGCUGAAUUGAUGAAGUAAUAAUAUAUUAUUAAAUAUUAAUAUAGUUCUGUUGAUGAGAUGAAAUAUGAUUUAAUUAUAUUUGAUACAGCACCUACUGGACAUACAUUGAGAUUACUUAAUUUUCCUAAUAUUAUGGAAAAGGGUUUGAAUAAGUUAGUUUAAUUGAGAUAUAAUUUCUAAAAUCUUGCUUCUUAAUUUUAAGGACUAUUUGGAUCAUAAGAAGAAUUUGAUUAAUAAAUGAAUCAAAUGUUUAGUAAAAUUGAGACCAUGAAAGAUACUGUAACUAAAGUGAAUGCAUAAAUGAAGGAUAGAGUAUAUAUUAAUUUAUAUAAAAAAAGAAUAAAACAACAUUUAUUGGUGUUUGUAUUCCAGAGUUUUUAUCUAUGUAUGAAACUGAAAGACUUGUUUAAGAAUUAACUAAAUUUAAAAUAGAUAUUCAUAACAUAGUUAUAAAUUAAGUACUCUUUCCAGGUAUUAAUAAUAUAUAUAUAUAUAUUUAGAUGAUUAAUGUAAAAUGUGUAAUGCUAGAGCUAAAAUGCAAAAGAAAUAUUUAGAUCAAAUGCUUGAUUUAUAUGAUGAUUUUCAUGUUGUUAUUAUGCCACUCUAAGAAAAUGAAGUUAGAGGAAUUGAUGGUCUCAAACAAUUUUGUGAACUUCUAUUAAAGCCUAAAAGUGUGCCAUAAUUUUGA